UUGUCAACACUACCAAAGAAAUUUAGUUUCACAAGGUGGUUGAGACUUGUGAAAGAGUUUGGUUCGCCAACCACAUCUAUCAACCCACAAAAAUAUAAUAGUACAAGUUUCAAUAUUUCUUAUUUAUGUGACCCAAAAUUUCUAUAACAUUGGAAUCAAAAACUCCAUUUUCUUUCAACUUUCUACACAACCAAACAAGUUUCCUUUGUUUUCAUUCUACUUCACCCACAUGUGUUCCUCUCUAAAGCAUUUUUUCACUCUUUUCCAUCGUCUUUUUUUGCUUCAACUUUUUCUUUAUGUGUUGAUGAUGAUGAGUAUCUCAUCACCUAAAGCCCAGGCUCAAACUCUAGGAAAGCAAAAGGGUUUGAACAACUCAGUUAAAGCUAUUUUAGUGUUUGGAGACUCAACAGUUGACCCUGGGAACAACAACCACAUUGGGACUAUCUUCAAGAGCAACUUUCUGCCUUAUGGGAGAGAUUUUCCAAACCAAGUUCCAACUGGAAGGUUUUGUAAUGGAAGGCUUGCUACUGACUUCAUUGCUAGGUAUGUAGGUGUCAAAGAGUAUCUGCCUCCAUAUUUGGACUCAACACUUAGCAUUGAUGAGCUAUUGGGUGGUGUUAGUUUUGCCUCAGCUGGAUCAGGAUUUGACCCCCUUACCCCACUAAUAAGUAAUGUGAUCUCAUUGCCAAAGCAACUAGAGUACUUCAAAGAGUAUCAAGCGAGAUUGGAGAUGGUGAUAGGGAAGAAAAGAACCAAAAAUUUGAUAAACAAUGCACUGUACCUUGUUAGUGCUGGUACAAAUGACUUUGUUAUGAAUUAUUUUGCUAUGCCAAUCAGAAGGAAGAGCUAUAGUCUCCCAAGUUACAUGGAGUUGUUGUUGCAGCAAGUCCAGCAGUUCGUGCAGGGUUUGAUGGACCAAGGGGCUAGAAGAAUUGGAGUGGUUGGAUUACCACCAAUGGGUUGUUUGCCUAUGGUGAUCACCCUUAAUUCGGAUAAUGCAAUUCUACAACGUGGUUGUGUGGAUUACUUCUCCUCUGUUUCCAAACAGCACAAUAUGUUGCUCCAAUUGAAUCUCAAAACCAUCCAAAUUGGAUUAGAAGAAUUAGGAGGCCGGAUUGUGUACUUGGAUGUGCAUGGACCAUUGUCUGAUAUGAUAGUUCAAGGCCCCAAGUUCGAUUUUGAUGAGGUUAGCAGUGGAUGUUGUGGGACUGGAUUAUUGGAGGCAUCAUUCUUAUGCAACUCAAAAUCUUACAUUUGCUCUGAUGCAUCAAAGUAUGUGUUUUGGGACUCCAUUCACCCAACUGAGAAGACAUACAAGCUCCUCUUUUAUUCCAUUCGUUCUCAGAUUGAUUUCCUAAUCAAGGAUUAAUUGUUCCUCAAUUAUACUAACCCUAUAGGAUGGUUAUGGUUACAAUCAGUGGAGUAAAGUAGUUUAAUUGGUUUUAUGGAUGAAAUUCAGUUAAUUCCAGUUUUAUAUAUGUCUGGUUUAAACUGUGUAAAUUCAAUACAGGAAAGUAUAUGCUAGUCAUGUUCAAGCAGCACAUUUGGAUUGAAUGAUUUGGAGAAAAAAAAAAAAUUAAUUUCUCUUGAUUCUAAUUAUUUAUUUGAAUGAUUAAAGAGGAGAGAAAUGUAAACAAUGAAGGAGAAAAAAUGUUGAAUGAUUACUAUAAUUCAAGAAGUAUUAAAGAAA